UUCUAGGGAUGAGCAGAGCAGAGGAAAGAGAAAGCUAAAAAACGCCAUGGCGGCGUUGCAGAAAUCAUAAACAGACAGCUUAAAUUCUUCUUUUCUCCUCUUUUGUUUCUUCUUCUUUACUUUCUCUCACUUCAACUACUCACUACCAAGAACCCCACUUUCUUCCAAGAAGGAGAGAGAGCGAGAGAGAGAGAAAGAGAGAGAUCUUGGAAAGCAUUCGAAUCUAGAUUCGAAGAGCAAGAAGACCCACGAGUGAGAAAAAAGCUGAAUUUUAGUGAGAAUAUAUAAAAAGGAGAAAAAAAGGCUUAGGAUUUCAUGGUAAUUAGGGUUUUUGAAUUAUGGAUAGUAUUGGGUCAAGAUUAGGGUUUAAAGUGUUAGGUCUUAGAAAAUGUCUGGGAUAUUCUCAUUAGGAGGAAACAACAACAACAACGGAGAGGAAGAAGAAGAAGAAAAUCAACAACAGCAAAAGACAAAUUGGGUUUGGUAUAGAAACACAAACCCAAGCUCGAGCCUAUGGCAGAUUCCACCAGAGCAGCAGAUGCUCAUGCAUCAUCAUCCACAACAACAAAGCUUAGAUCUUUAUCCAGGUCAUCAGAUCGACAUCUCUGAUUUAGCCACCUCAUCAAGAUCCAUCACCAUAAGCUGUCGGGACUGUGGGAACCAAGCCAAGAAAGACUGCACUCACAUGCGUUGCAGGACUUGCUGCAAGAGCCGGGGCUUCGAUUGUUCCACUCACGUGAGGAGCACGUGGAUCCCCGUUGCUAGACGCCGUGAGAGACAGCAGCAGCUUCAUAUGUCCACAUAUGGCGGCGGCGAUGGAAGUGGCUCGAGUGUCCCUAAACGUCAUAGGGAUAUUCCAGGAACAUCCUCCUCUCGCUUGCCUUCCGACUCAACAGGGUUAGAAAUGGAGGAGGCAAGUUUUCCGCCGGAAGUGAGCUCGGAUGCGCUUUUCCGGUGUGUAAAAAUGAGCGGCGUAGACGACGGAGGAGAUGGUCAAUACGCUUAUCAAACGACGGUGAACAUCGGAGGUCAUCUCUUCAAAGGAAUUUUAUAUGACCAAGGCCCCGAAAGCAGCUACAUAAGUGGUAAUAGUGGUGGAAGCGAUCAUCAAAGCUCCUCUGCAGGAGGCGGAAAUCCGUUUAAGGCAAUGGCCGACGGUGGAGGAGGAGGAGGAGGUUCGUCAGCGAUGUUUGUAGAUCCUAAUUCUGGUGGUUACUAUUCAAGUAACAUGACGACUAUGUUCGUGCCACCAGGUACGCAAUUCUAUCAAAACCCACCAAGAUCUUGAUUAAAUCAAGAAAACUCGAGUUACUAAUUUUUAUAGA